UCAAAUAAUUGAUCAUUUUAGGAAAUAGAACACUUUAAAAGGAUGCGUUUACUACAAAGACUUUGAAGUACCACAUCGAAACCCUUUAACCAUACCUAGCCAUGAAAUCUCUUUCAUCUUCAUCCCACCUGCUCCAUCUCAUUUUUAUUCUGAUUCUCUCAAACUCUGCCUCUGCGACAGAGUUUAAGCUUAAUAUUCCGAGGCUUAGUCCAAUCGGAGGGUUAACUCUCGACGACAUCCAAACUUCAUCUUCAUCUUUGUCGUCGGACUUCGAAACAUUUUACUACACACAAACACUUGAUCAUUUCAACUACAGGCCAGAAAGUUACACAACUUUUCAACAAAGAUAUGUGAUCAAUUCCAAGUAUUGGGGUGGCUCCAAGAUUAAUGCACCAAUUUUGGCUUACUUUGGAGCAGAAGCACCAUUGGAUGGUGAUCUAACAAGUAUUGGGUUUCUCACUGAUAACGCCCUUCAAUUUAAUGCCUUCCUGGUUUAUAUAGAGCAUAGGUACUAUGGGAAAUCAAUUCCAUUUGGAUCAAGGAAAGAAGCUCUAAGAAAUGCAAGCACUCUUGGGUAUUUCAAUUCAGCUCAAGCAAUAGCAGAUUAUGCAGCUAUACUCUUGCAUCUGAAGAAGAAACUAGAUGCUCAAUACUCACCAAUCAUUGUUAUCGGAGGAUCCUAUGGAGGAAUGCUAGCUUCAUGGUUUAGACUAAAGUAUCCCCAUAUAACCCUUGGAGCUCUGGCCUCAUCAGCUCCAAUUCUUUACUUUGACGACAUUACACCACAAGAUGGAUACUACUCAAUUGUCACCAAGGAUUUCAGAGAAAUAAGUGAGAAUUGCUACCAAACCAUACUAAAUUCAUGGUCUGAAAUCGAUAAAAUUGCUGUGGAACAAAACGGUCUUUUGACGCUUAGCCAAAAGUUCCAAACUUGCGAACCAUUGCAGGAGUCAUCAGAACUGAAGUUGUACCUGCAAUCACUGUAUUCCAGGGCAGCCCAGUACAAUCGGCCACCCAAAUAUCCGGUUAGUCAGAUCUGUGGAGGGAUUGACGGAGCUCCAGUUGGAAGCGAUAUACUUGACAAGGUAUUCGCAGGUGUCGUUGCUCGUCUUGGAAAUAUAUCUUGCUAUGUCAAUCAACCCCAAAAUGUUUCUGAAACUACUGUGGGUUGGAGAUGGCAGACAUGCAGUGAAAUGGUGAUACCUAUAGGCCGCGGCAAUGAUACAAUGUUUCCACCUGCCCCUUUUGAUCUAAACGCCUUCACCAACCGUUGUAUUGAGUUGUAUGGUGUCCCUCCUCGCCCUCAUUGGGUCACUACUUAUUAUGGAGGUCAUGAUAUAAAACUCAUACUCCAAAGGUUUGGUAGCAAUAUCAUUUUCUCCAAUGGGCUGAAAGACCCUUACAGUAGUGGCGGGGUGUUGGACGACAUAUCAGACAGCAUUUUAGCCGUUCAUACACUCAAUGGGUCACAUUGCUUAGAUAUUACUAGAGCAAAUGAAAGUGAUCCACAAUGGUUAGUCCAGCAGCGCAAGAUCGAGGUGAAGAUUAUUGAAGGAUGGAUUUCAAAGUAUUAUGCAGAUCUUGCAGCCUUUAGAAAAUAACAAAAUCAUGCCGUUUUGCAAAUAAUUAGACAUAUGUGUGUGUGUGUGUGUGUGUGUGUGUGUGCGUGCGUGUGUGUGUGUGUGUGUGUUUGUGUAUGUGUCUAUUAAAGUAUAUUGAAAUAAGUAAAUUGUAGCACAGUACUUAAUAUAAAAAAAUUCUAUUACAGUACAAAAAACAACAUAUAUAUAUAUAUAUACACACAUAUA